AUGCCGCCCAAGAAGACUGCAGCUGCUGCUGCCGCCAAGGCGCCCGCUGCGAAGCCUGCUAAGGCUGCGCAAACCAAAGCUCCCGCGAAGACCGCCGCUGCUUCCAAGGCCAAGACCAAGGCCCCCGCCGCCGCGAAGCCUGUUUCCCGCAAGCGCAAGGCCGACGAGGCCUCGGACGGAGAGGAGGAUGAUCAGCAGAACGUGAGACCCCAGAAGAAGAGAGCCGCGCGCAAACCCGCCGCAGCAGCAAAGCCCAGCACCAAGAAGCAGAACACCAAAGCUAAAGCAACUAAACCAUCAAAGCCCACCAAGUCAGCCGCCGCGAAGACCGCCCCCAAGAAAGCGACCGCUGCGAAGAAGGCCACCGCUACGAAGAAGGCCGCAUCCGUCGAAGCCGACAAAGAGAAUGCCGACCCCGCCGCACCCAAGGUUAACGGCGUCAAGCGAGGAAGCGACGAGAUCUCCGAUGAUGAGAUCAACGAGGAACGGGCGGCGGAGGAGCGCCCUGUAAAGCGAGCCAAGGUCGCCAAGGUCGCGAAGCAGCCCGAGGUCAAAAGGCCUGCCGUAAAGAUUGGAGUCGCCAUCAACCAGGCUCCUGCUGACGUUCUUGACGUCUUUGUGUUCGGCGAGGGAACCUCUGGCGAACUCGGCCUCGGCAGCAAGAAGACCGACGGCAAGAAGCCGAUUGAUGUCAAGCGUCCUCGCCUCAAUGCCAACCUUGCGAGCAACAAAGUUGGCGUCGUCCAGAUCUGUGCUGGUGGCAUGCACUCCAUUGCUCUGACCAAGGAUAACAAGAUUCUCACAUGGGGCGUCAAUGACCAAGGCGCUCUAGGCCGAGACACCACAUGGGAUGGUGGCCUCCGUGACGCCGACGAUUCCGAUUCUGAUUCGGAUGAUGAGGAUGACACCGGCCUCAACCCUAAGGAGAGCACCCCCGGCGAGAUUGACACGACCAACAUCGCACCCGAAACCGUAUUUGUCCAGGUCGCUGCCAGCGACAGCGCAUCAUUUGCCCUGACUGCCGAUGGCCGAGUCUACGGCUGGGGCACUUUCCGAGCUGCGGACGGAAUUCUGGGCUUCACCAAGGAUAUCCUCAUCCAGAAAACCCCAAUCCUCCUGCCUGAACCUAAGAAGGUUACCCAGCUCGCAGUUGGAUCGAACCACAUUCUCACACUCGACCAAAAGGGCAAGGUUUUCGCCUGGGGCUGCCCCGAGCAGAACCAGCUCGGUCGCCGAUGCAUCCAGCGCAAUAAGGAGGCUGCGCUGCGUCCCAGCGGUGUCGCGUUCAAGCGUGGAUCCAAAAUUACAAAGGUAGCAUGUGGAAGCUACCACAGCUUCGCAGUUGACCACAACGGUCGCGUCUACGCCUGGGGCCUGAACAACUUUGGAGAGCUGGGUGUCGAGGAGGGUGCCGGCGAAGGUGACGCCGCUAUUCUCGAGCCCACCUUGGUCGAGGCCCUGACAGAGCCAGUCCACGAUAUCUGUGGCGGCGAACACCACUCACUCGCUUGCACUGAAGACGGCAAGCUUCUGACCUGGGGCCGAGUCGAUGGCUACCAGGUUGGCAUGAAGAAAGAGGUGUUCACUAAGGAUAACACCAUCUUUGACGAGCGGGAGAAGCCCCGCAUUCUGAAGCUUCCGACGGUUGUUCCUGAUGUUCCUCCCGUCGAGUCUGUUGCUGCUGGUACAGACAACAGCUUCGCCAUCACCCGCGAUGGCAAGGCCUACUCAUGGGGCUUUUCAGCCAACUACCAGACGGGCCAGGGCACCAUCGACGAUAUCGAGACGCCCACCCUUAUCGACAACACCGCGGUACGCGAGAAGCGUCUUUCCUACGCCGGAGCGGGCGGUCAGUUCUCCAUCUUGGCCAGUGUAGCCAAGAAUUGA